CCCAUUAUAAAUACCACUUUCCCGCUAGUGCAACACACACCUCACCAAAAGUCACAACCCAACUUUCCCUGCAAAACUCACAAGCACAAAAGAAGGAUGAAAAUGCAGCCCAAGAUUUCCCAUUUCACUCUCUUCCUUCUCUUCUUGAUCACUACUUCAACUUCCAUAGCAUACAACACUGGUGGUGGUGGUGGUGGAAGAAAGGUUCAAUCUCCGGAAAUGUCUUCUAUGCCCAACGGUGGGACGGGGACCCCGACUGGUGCCACUGGCUCCGGCCAUGGCCCCAAUUGGGACUACCGAUGGGGGUGGGGAUCGGGUCCUGGAAGCGGAUGGGGUUAUGGUUCAGGGUAUGCCCGGUCUCCCAACGGAUUUGGAGGCGGCUUUGGCUUUGGUUCUGGUUCUGGUUCUGACUCAGGCUCAGGCUCGGGUUCUGGAGGUGGUGGUGCUCAAGAUGGUGGGCAUGGUUUUGGAACUGGUUAUGGAAGCUCGGGAAAUGGCGGCUCUGGUGGAGGAAAUGGUGGCUCGGGUGGCGACGGGAAUCACUCGCCACCGGAGUCUAAGGACAAGAGGAACCAUGGUUGAAUGUGUUGCAUGGCUUUUAGAUAUAUGAUGAUUUUACAUGGUGUGUAUGCUAUAUAUAUAUACAUAUAUAUAUAUAUGCCAUAGUGGUAUGACAUAUUAUGUAGUUUCAAUUGCAAUUAAGCUCCCCUCUCUCUCUUGAAUAUAGUUUCCAUGCUAGGGAAUUAAGUACUCUUAAUUAACUUGAGGGAUAUUGUUCUAGGGAUUAAAGCUCAAAAGUUUAUGCAAAUUUAUGAACAACAUUUACCUCCUUAGCUAA